CUAAAAUCUGAGGUUUAUUUCACCGACUGAACAAACCAAGACCUGAAAACUCUUCACCUGAUCGGUCGUCUAAAUCAGCUGCCUCUGCUGUCGUCCCUCGGCUGUGAAGAAGAGCUCAGCCAACAGAAAUGCUGCCGUUGCUGCUGCUGGUGGUUCUGUCCUCAGCCAGUCCUCUGGACCCGGACUGGAACCGGCCGCCGGAUGAAAACGUCUCCUCUGUGAAUCCACAUCCUGCGGAUGAUGUUGCUAAAAUCAAAGCUAAGUUGUACUUCUCAACAGUCCGACGUGUUCUGCCUUCUGCCCCGCUCAGACAGAAAAGCCCGGUUAACUCGACGCUGCCAGUGUUUGGUAGUACAGGAAAACUGCAAUGGGAAAAAUGGAACGGUUCCCCUCCUAAUGGAGCCGUUGCCAUUCAUAACAGCUACGCUGAUCGCAUCGACUACGUCUGCAAAGUCGGGUGUCAUUCUGGCUUUUACAACCCCAGCAUGGGUUCUUACUGCCACUAUCCAAAUAAAAAAGAAGAGCAUCGUUCCUCCAGCUUUCAAAUCCUUGUGAAUGAAGAUAAUUUCGAGAUCAUGGUGUGGAAGGAAGGUUCUUAUGGUUCUGUCCCGCAGAAUUCAGUCAGAACCUGCUCCAGUGAGGAAAUGUAUGUGGGGAAGAACAAGUACGGCUUGGGGAAGGUUGAUUCAAAGGAUAAAUGCUUUUAUCUUCCCUGGGAGGGAAGUGAGUAUUGGUACAGGAGCUAUGAGGUUCUGACCCACGUGAAGCCUGAGGAUGAUUUAAUCUCUGAUGUUAAUUAUCACACCGAAACUGCUAGAAUUUUCAAAGAACCUCCAAAAACCUUGAGAAGCUCAACUGCUAAAAACCUUUCCAACAUGAAUGUGACGAAGACGGUUUCUCUGACGAAGACCACCACCGACCAGAGACGGUGGGACUGCAGCCAUGCCUUCACAGCUGGUAUAAGAACAACCGUGAAAACAGGAAUUCCCGGCAUUGUGGAAGGACAUAUUGAAAUCAACGCACAGACGACUCAUACGAUCUCACAUGGAAACACCUGGACAGAGCAGGUCUCCCAUACUGUGUCGUUACAGCUUACCGUACCUCCAAACCACAGCUGCACUGUAAAGAUGGUUGGUUAUCAGUACAGUAUGGACAUUCCCUUCACCGCCCACCUCAAGCGAACCUAUGAAGACGGAGAGACCAAAACAGUCAUCGUCUCUGGAUCGUAUCAUGGAGUCCAAGUUGGAGAUAUUGGGGCUGAAGUGGAAAAAUGUAAACCUUUGUCCAAACGCUUUUCUGAAAUGUUGGAUAUUUGGAGUGAAAACCUCCUGAAGUAAAGUUAGCAUGACUUUACCAGGCUUUUCAUGUAGAGCUUCAGCUUCAUUUAUGCUUUUAUAUUCACACCCUUUGAAUCUGUAACCAUGCGAUUAUCAAAGGAGUGACUUUUAUGUAAUUCUGAUAAAAACCCAAAACAUUUUUAUUAACCAUCUGCUCGUUUAAAGUUAAUCUAGAAACAGACAAACUUUAAAGUUUAUGAAUGUACCCUCUGAGC